GAUAUAUUUAACAAUAUUACAUGGUUAGAGACAUAAGCAGGACAAAAAGACACACAAAAAUGUCCGCCUGGAUAUGCAGGUACUGCCUUUCGGAAAUGCAACGUCAACGGUGUUUGGGAAGAUCCUGUAUAUAUAGAAUGUGUUAAUAUGGUACUUUAUGAAACAACAGAAAAACUGAAUGGACUUGUAAACAUCACUGAUCCUGAGCAAGCAACAGCCGUUAUAUCAUAUAUACUGAAUACUUUAAAUACUACUAUUGGGGACGACAAUCAAAACCCUCCUACAUCUGGCGAUUUAAAACAGACUACUUAUAUACUAUCUUCUAUCAUUGGAAUAGGGGCAUCGACAAAUGCGUCUGUUGAUUCCGAGGAAUUCGGGGAUGUUUUAAAUUCGGUGUUGGAUUCAGAUAAUAGCGGUAGCUGGAAUGAAGUUAAUUCGGAGGAACAAUCUGCCGAAGGUGCAUCAAGCAUUAUGCGAAUAGUAGACAGUCUUGGUAGUCUUGUUCAAAAUAAUUUAUCACCUAAUGAAACCAAAGUCAUUAACAAAACAAAUUUAGUCAUAGAGGUUUCAACAUUGAAGAAGGACCUUACUUUCCCACCAGAUUUAAAUUCGAUGUCAAAAUUGAUUCUUGCAGAUCAACCAUCUUUACAAGAUACACUUUACACAGCGGCCCUAUACAGGACAUUGUCGGGUAUACUUCCAACAACGCCCAAUAGAUCAGUUGGUUCUGACGUGAUUUCCGUAUCAUUUGAUCAAGCUAUUCACAUUUUAACAGAAAAUAUUACAAUCAGAUUUGAGCAAAAUAAAAAGGUACAAUACACAGAUCCAAAGAUAUCUUGUGGAUAUUGGAACUUCAGUGGUAGAAGUUGGGCUGAGAAUGGAUGUUAUUUAAAAGAGACUGAAGCCAAUGUUUCUACUUGCACAUGCAAUCAUUUAACAAAUUUUGCUAUAUUGAUGAGCCCUAGUGAUGUUGAAAUUUCAGAUCAACACGAGAAAGCUUUAGAAAUUAUCACAUUUGUUGGUUGUGGACUAUCAAUAUUAGGAUGUUUUCUCACCCUUAUCAUUUACUAUGUAUUCUGGAGAUAUGUUAAAAAUGAAUGGACUGUUAUUUUAGCGAAUAUGUGCGUUGUAUUGAUCAUUGGGUAUUCCGUUUUCUUAAGUUCUACAAACGUCACAGAAAAUGAGAUUGCUUGUAUUAUAGUAACAGCUGUUCUACAUUACGUGUUUUUGGUUGUAUUCUUUCUCAUGUUAUGUGAAGGAAUAUCAGUGGCUAGAUCUGUCACCGUUGUUUUCAAGAGAAAAUCUGAACUGCGUUUAUAUUUAUCAUUUGCUUGGGUGGUUUCAUUAGUGAUUGUAGGAAUAACCCUUGGAGUAACAAGACUGAAAGGGUAUCAUUCCGAAAAAUAUUGCUGGCUUAAUACGAAUAAUUUUGUAUUUAUGGCCUUUGUUGGACCUGCUUUACUUAUUAUACUGAUUAAUAUAGGAAUAAUAAUUGUUGUAUUGAGAGCUAUUUAUUCUACAAAUGCUAUGAUGAAUGAAAGAUUAAAGAAAAAAGUCAGAGCGGGUGUUAAAUGUAUGGUUAUACUAUUACCAGUAUUAGGACUAUCGUGGUUAUUUGGAAUUCUGGCAUAUAAUGAAGAUACCAUAAUCUUUCAGUAUUUAUUUGGUAUAACUACUUCUCUUCAGGGCUUUUUUAUAUUUAUAAGAGAUGCAGUUUCAAAUAAAAAGUUACACGAAGGAAUCAGGAGAGCGGUGCAUAAAUACAGAUCAAACUCGAUGCCAAAAGCCAGCAGCAAAACACAGUCUUCUGGUAUACAGAACAGAUUGGAUUUAAAAGGUAAUCUUAUGAGUCCGGUUGAUUCUACAGACGACAAAUUAAUCAAGACCAAUCCGAAGAUGGAAACUUUUUUUUGAAUUUACAAUAUACUUCAAGACAUCUUUAAAUGAGCGAAAGGAACAGAUGUGUACAAAAAAUAAAAUUUCACAUUUAUGCUUGUGAGAGGUUGUGUUUAUAUAUAUAUUUUUUUAACUUGAAUAGUACUGUUGAUUCAUUAUUAUUCGUUGUAAUCCAAUUUUCGUGGAUUUCAUGGUAAUCCGUGAACAACGAAUUAGAAAUUUUCUAUAAGAGUUUAUGCAGACUUCAAUCCAUGAAAAUUAGUACCAACGAAAAUAAAUUAAUCCACAGUAUAGGAAGGGAAAAAGACGCUGAGACUAAUCGGAUUAUAAACCUUUACUAGUUAAAUAACCAUUAAGCAUAUGUUAAUGCAAUAGAUUUUUUUUCUAUAAUUUGGGGUUUAUUUCCUUUCAAAUAAAUAGGUAUGUUUCGAUUUUUUGUGCAUAUUUUAAGACAGCACUACUUUCUGUAAAAAAUAUAUUCAUUAUAGUUUACAGCGUUGUGGUGAUGUUUACAAAUUUUAUUCAGAAAGAUACAUGUGUGAAAACAGUGAUAUUUAAAUUUUAAAUACUUUAAAUCGGGAAUUUGUUAUUCAAGUAGCCAACAAUACGAGACUAACAAAUGCUUUGCAACAAUAAACUACAUUUUUACCUGAUUUCUUAGUAUUUCGAUACCUUUACUAUCGUAGGUUAACUGAAAUAUAUCAUCACAAAAACUUAUGAUUUACAGUAUCGUUUAAAAGAAUAAUUGGUAAUAAAACAUGCAGAAUAAUACUGAAGUCCAUAGUAGAAAAUAAUGGCCUUUAAAGAUAAUGGUUGUGUCCUGUUAUUUCAUGAGAUGGUUUUGUUAAGUGUAAUCACAAUUUAUCUCCUGUCUAAUCAAUUGUCGAUAAUUAAUAGAAAAAAUCAACAAAAUAUGCCAGAAAACCGAAAAUCUGAAUUUCUUAUUAAACAGUUAAAAUUCUCCGAAUUAUCAAAAACAAAACAACUAUGACAAGUUCGUCAGGAAUUUUGAAUAACAUUUGCUGGUUUUCGUGCUUUAUUUAAAUGUGCAAGAAGUAAUAUUUCAUUUCAUAUAUGAUACAUGUAUAUUCAGAUAAACAGUUAUUCCUUUAUGUUUAUUAAUCAUUGUUUUACAGUGUAAAGCAGGAAUAUCUUUUACUGGUUUUUAUUUAUAUUUUAUUGUUAAAUGAUUAUUCUGGUUGUCAAAAAAUAAAAUCACACAAUGAUGCAUACAUUGAUUCGAACUUAGGCUAAGGAUGUCUAAAAAGAUGGAUUGUUUUGUACCAUUAAUGUUAAUGCAGUAAUGCCUUAUAUGUAUUACAUAAAAUAAAAAUGAAGAACAGUACUUUUUCCAUGUCACAAUUUUUCUUACAAUAGUGUAUAUCAGCGUCCAAAUGGACAAGAAGCAGUUAUGAUACGUAAAAUCUUGUUAUCAACAAAACAAAGAUCAAAAUUGCUAUUUAAACAAUUCUAUAUACCAUUAUUCACAAGAAGGGUGACAACUGCACGUACUGUUUAUUAUAGAAUACUAUGCAAUUUCACAAUACAAUGAACUAAUGAUUUUUUAGGUCACGGUUUGCCAAUAUCAAUAAAACUUUUUCAACUGG